UCAAACCCCCGAGAUUUAAGAUUUUCCAAUAUCGGACCCCACAAGCAAAAUGGAAAAUUAAGGAAAUAAUUUCCUCUUGGGUGGUUUUCGGAUCCUCCUAUAAAGGAGGGAUCUCUGCGCUUUGACUCUUCUCACUCUUUUAUUUAUUCUCUCUCUCUGCAAAAAUCUCCUCCUCAUCCUCCUCCUCCUCCUCCUCCUCCUCCUCUCUGUACUGUUCCAUUCUCCGUUCAAAAGGCUCUUCCUUUUUCCUCUCUCGAUCCUGCCCUGCCAGUGAUGUUGAUGAUUCCUCUCUCUGUUUCGCCACAGCAGCAUCGUUUUGUUCACAUAGAGUGCUCUUUGUUGUUCUUGGGGGUCUCCUCCUUGAUUCCUUGUCUUUCUUCGGUUACCAUCUCAUUAAAGACCGUCUCCGUUAAAGAAGAAAGGCGUAAAAGCUCGUCGUGUUCUCCAACUUUAACGCUCCUCACUCUCGGCUGCUGUUGAAUCCUGAACCCCACACCCUGUUUUCAUCCUUCCACUCUCUCUCUUCCUCUGGAGACAUCUCACUGCCUCUCCCACUCUCACUCAUGGACCGACCAUUUCUGUGUCCGUGUCCGUGCCCGCCAUCUUCCUCUUCUUGUUCUUGUUCUUCUUCGAUCAAGUACUCCGAGCACCGCACCGUCAGCAACAAGCUCGCCGGAGAGCUGGCGUCGCCGUCGUCCAUGUCCAGGAUCGUGAGGAUCUCGUUCACCGACGAGGACGCGACCGACUCGUCGAGCGACGAGGAAGGAGGAGGGCCGGCUUCGCGCUGCCGGGUCAAGAAGUACGUGAGCGAGAUCCGAAUCGAGGAAGACUCUGUUUCGCGGCCCGGAAACAGAGCUGCCAACGGCGAGAGGGGAGCCAGCAGCGGCAAGGCGAGGCCUAAAGCGAAGCAGCAGCAGCAGGCGCCGGAGGGGGGGAGGAGGUACAGAGGGGUGAGGCGGAGGCGGUGGGGGAGGUGGGCGGCGGAGAUUAGAGAUCCCGUGAAGCGGACGAGGAUCUGGCUCGGCACUUACGACACAGCGGAGGAAGCCGCCCUUGUCUACGAUCGAGCCGCCAUACGAAUCAAGGGCCCAGAUGCACAAACCAACUUCACGAGGCCAACAAUCGAGGUGCCCACCGCGGCGCCCAACUCGGCAAAAGGCGGUGGUGUAGUUGGUCGGAAUCAGAGCCUUUCGUCUCCGACGUCGGUGUUGAGGUUUCAGACGAGCGAGGAAGGUGAGCCCGAGUCCAAGGUGGUCGACCGGGGCGACUGGCCACCGGCUCAGCAGGUUCCCGAGGACGAGAUGUGUCUGCUGGAUCCGGUUUUCUUGAGGGGCUUUUUCGACCCGGAAAGCCCCGGCCCGGUUUUCUUGGAAGAGAUGGCCGGGGCCGACGCGAUUUCGAGAGACGAAGCGGAUCAAGCGUGCUUCGAGUUCUCAGAAGACGAUCUCAGGUCCUGGAAAUGGGACAUGGAUAAUUAUUUUCAAGAUCCUCUGGUGCUCCACUGAUACCCCUUAAUGGCCAGUUCCAUAGUUGGGAUUUUCGUUGAU